AUGGCGAAAAAAGUAGACACCAUUACUUAUCACAUAACAGUAGUUUCUUCAAUCAUCUUCAUCCUAUCCUUCUUACGGCAAACCUCCGCCGCAACCCUGCCGGAAAUCACCCAAAAAUACGACCGCCACUUCGCCGCCGUCAUCAACCACCGGAAAACCACUCUCACCAAGCUCCAGGUCUACAUCCAGGCCUACUUCGCCGGCGCCGCCGAGAACCAGACGGUCUUCCAGGUGACGGAGGCCGAGAUCUCCCCCGCAUCGCCGGCGAGCUUCGGGCAGGUCCUGGUGAUCGACAACCCGCUGACGGCGGCGCCGGAUCCCCUGUCGGAAUCCCUCGGCAGCUACCAGGGGAUGAACGGCUUCUCCGACCUCCGACAGACGGCGGCGAACAUGAACAUGAAUAUGAUCUUCCCCGGCGAGAAGUACGGCGGGAGCACCAUCACCAUAUUCGGGAGGCAGCCGAUCGACGAGGAGGUUAGGGUUUUGACGGUGGUCGCCGGCACCGGAGUUUUCAGGUUCGCCGAGGGGAUAGCGCUGGCGUCGACUGUUUCGGUGGAUAAUGUUACAAAAGUUGGGAUAUAUACGUACGUCUUGUAUGUCGUUACUCCGGCGCCGGCGGGUGUGAUGGAGUCGACGACGGCGUCGUUUUGA